AUGCCCCCCGUCCUCCGCUCAAAGGCAGCCGCCGAUUCUAAUCGCCUCAAUCCUCCGCCCGCGUACAAUGACACGAGUCCGCAUGCUCAGGCAUCGAACGUCUACCGAAACCAAGCCUGCAUCGCCCAGCCCGAUUGUACCAGCGAGGACCUCAUCUGCGAUGCAGUCGGCGUGAUCGUGGCUCUGUACAAGGGCGAAAUCUCUGAUCCAAGCUACCGUGCCGCUAGACUCGCCGUCGAGGUGUUUCACUGGGAUGACACGUCUGGCGCCAAACUCAGACGGCUGCUGCGGCUCAACCUUGGUCCACAGCUGGACGGCGUCUUGUCUGGAAUCAAGGCGAUGGACUUCAUCAGGCGAGUCGCAUGCGGAGAACUUCGCCUUCGCAGGGAUGGAUCAGCAUCAAGAGCGUGA